CGCCGCUUCUAGGAUGCCGACAUCCGGUCGCCGCCGGGCGGCCGUUUUUGCUCGCACCGAAGGGCUUCGGCGGUGUGGCAGUCUCGGAGUAGGUGCGGCCGGCGCCAUGCCACUGCGGGUGGCAGUGGUGUGCUCCAGUAACCAGAACCGGAGCAUGGAAGCGCACAACAUCCUCAGCAAACGGGGAUUCAACGUAAGGUCCUUUGGAACGGGAACUCAUGUGAAGCUUCCAGGACCAGCACCCGACAAGCCAAACGUGUACGAUUUCAAAACCACUUAUGAUCAGAUGUACAAUGAUCUUCUGAGGAAAGACAAAGAACUCUAUACACAGAAUGGCAUUUUACAUAUGUUAGACAGAAAUAGGAGGAUCAAGCCCCGGCCAGAAAGGUUCCAGAGCUGCAAAGAUCUAUUUGAUCUGAUCCUCACUUGUGAAGAGAGAGUCUACGACCAGGUGGUGGAAGACCUGAACUCCAGAGAACAGGAGACCUGCCAGCCAGUGCACGUGGUUAACGUAGACAUCCAGGACAACCCCGAAGAGGCAACCCUGGGAGCGUUCCUCAUCUGUGAGCUUUGUCAGUGUAUUCAGCACACCGAGGACAUGGAGAACGAGAUCGAGGAGCUGCUCCAGGAGUUCGAGGAGAAGAGCGGCAGGGCCUUCCUGCACACCGUCUGCUUCUAUUGAGGCGCCCGCCUGCCCUCCGACGCCAUCAUCUCUGCUUUCUUUUGUUAACACUUUUUCUUUCCUGGUAUUUGUUGUUACUUUUAGGUAUUCUGGUGGUGGACUGUAGUUACCCAUAUAAGUUGUUACAUGGGAAAUGAGAAGAUAGACAUGAAUGCCAGAUUAAAAACCCUUACGUUUUUCUAGCCCACUUUUGCUUCUGAGUAGGAUAUUGGUUAUAAAGUUUUGGGGGUUUUAACCAAAAAAGGAAACAGUUUAUAGUACAUUCCCCCCAACAUGUGUAUCUUAAGUUGUGUCCGCCUUUCCCUUUCCUUUUCCUAUAAAUGGCUGGACUGUACAAAUACCUGAAUUAAGCAAUGGCCUGUAUCUUAUUAGAAAAGUACCUGGAAUUGUCAGUAUAUAGAUGCUGCUGUUUCUCAAAAAAAAAAAAAAAUUUAACUAGGAAUACAACUAUACUUAAAUAAUAUGCUAAAAUAAUAUCUAGCCAAUAACUUUGAUUUAUCCAUUCCACAACGUAUAGAUAACGUAAAACAUUGAAAACCGUGGAUAUAUACAUGUUUUGUCAGUUAAAAUAAAGAGCACAUAUUUUAUGUUGCUUA